AAAGAUCCCGAACUAACAUGUGCACAAAAUGGAGAGGUGGCAAAUACUGACGCUGGAACAAAUUCUAACUCAGAUGUAGUCAGUCAAACUCAAAAAGAGGAUGAUCUAGUUCAGCAAGAUCCUGACCUAGAUGUAGAAAUUCUAGAGAUUUUAGGAAAAGAUCCUAGUAAAAAACCAGAUGAUCCCUUUAAGUUUCAUGCAGAAAUUAAAGGCCGAUGGGGAGCGUGGAUGAAAGAGGGCUUAGCAGAAGAGGUAAACAAGAGCGUACUGAGUAAGUAUCUUCGAAAAGGAGACUUGUAUGCGGAGCCUCCAAAAAUAAAUUUGGAGAUAGCUCCAGCUCUUUCUGAGAUCACUAAGAAAAGGGACGACCAUUUCUCAGAGACACAGAGAUGUGUAGGAUCGGCUGUUAUUGCUCUUGGAGCAGCCAUGUCACUUCUUCUGGAUGCCUCUGACAAUGAGGUUGAUGAAUUGAAGCUGAUGGAGUAUUUCAGUGAUACUGGUAAAUUAUUAACAGAAAUUUUUCACCAACACUCAAUUGCUAGAAAAUCUUACAUUACUCCAGUAAUGAAGAAAGGUGUGAAGAACCUUGUAGAUUUCAUUCCUCUAGAUGAAUGGUUAUAUGGAAAUAAAUUAGCAGAGCAGAUCAAGGAGGUCAAGACAAUUGAAAGCGCAUGUCAAAACCUAAAAUCUGCAGAUAAAUCUGUUAAAAAACCUUCUCAACGCCUUCAAUUUCAGGGAAACUCGAGGAGCCCGCCUGCCAAUUACAGACAGAUGGGCACGAGCAACCAGAGAAAGACGCUGCGCUUCAAGCCCAAAUAUCAGCGUCCGAGCCAAAAAUCAGGUCAGGAGAGGACUCAGACCAAGGACUCAGAGAAGAAUUCACUCAAGCAAUGUUGGUCUUUUACAAAAGAAAGAAACUAUGAUAUCCAUAACACUGAUGAAUUUAAAAUAAUAGAAUUCCUAACUUUAAGAUUUAACAAAGGAUGUAAAUACGGGACCUUGAACUCGGAUAAAGCUGCCAUUGCACUUGUUACUUAUGAAAAUCACUCAGAAGAAAAAUUAACAAAGCGUUUCAUGCGAGGUACCUUCAAAAAACGCCCUGUUCGAGCAAAAUACCCCACUACGUGGGACGCAAAUCGCGUACAUGAAUAUAUAGAUACAAUGCCGGAUAUAUCAAAAUUAAAUAUAAAAAUAGUAUCUGGAAAAUUAGUGACAUUGAUGAUCCUUGCUACAGCUCACCGUUUACAGACAAUAGCCUUGAUUAAUAUCGAUAAUAUUAAAAUAUCUGAGUCGAGAAUAGAAAUUAAAGUUCCUGAAUUAAUUAAAACUUCGAAGACGGGAGCCUUUCAACCCAGCUUAAUUUUGCCAUUUUUUAAACAAAGACAAAGUGUAUGCGUUGCCAAAACCCUACUACAGUACUUAGAUAUGACAAAAAACUUAACAGGUGAACUUAAAGGCCUUUUUAUCUCAACUGUAAAGCCAUAUAGAGUAGUUGGUGCUCAAACCUUGGGGCACUGGGUUAAAGCAUUUUUAGAAAAAGCGGGAAUAGAUGCAAGUUUUGGUGCAUACAGUGUAAAGCAUGCAGCUGUUUCAAAAGCCAAUGCUGAAGAAGUGGAUAUAGAUACAAUACAACGCACAGCUGGAUGGUCAAAGAACUCAUCAACAUUCGCAAGAUUUUAUAACAGACCGAUACAAAGUUCAAAUGAGACAUUUGCACGUAAUGCCAUACCGUAUGAAGUCGAGCCGAAAGUACAAGUCGUGAGUCAGUUGGUUCCGGUUGUUGACUUGAAACGAAUUUCAGCUCCAGUCCAGCCUUUUCAGGUUAGACUUCACCGUCCGGCACCGGUGCGCGUAGAGGCUCCGACUAUCGCGACUCAAGAGAAACCCAGACCUUGGUGUCUGCGAUUAUUGGUUCCACCUCGCUGGCGUAUGGCUAGAAAAGGCGGUAUGGUUUAUUCUAUGGCCAUGCGCCUUAGA